AGCACUGAUAAUCAAAGCGAGAACAGCGUGAGAAAAUGUGAACAGAGUGUGAGUGUUCUAACGUACGAACGAUGAAGGUCCUGAAAACCUAUGGCAGGAAAUUCAAAACAAGCUUCCUCGAAGUUUCUAACACCAAGCGCGACUGGAGCCCCGAGGUGGUCGUGCUUCAAACACCGCCGAGAAAUCGAUCGGAAAUCCUUUUCGAAAGCCUGUGCAACCCUUCGGCGCAGGUAAAGCGGGCUCCAAGAGGAAAGGUGAAGUACGGGAACGUAACCAACCUGUUCAACGUCAGCUCCGUGCGACCCGAUAAUGCGCGUCGAAAAAAGUCUGGAUCUACGUGUGGACUCUCUGAAAACCGAAGCUGCCGGAAGCGCCCACAACAAAACGGCAACGCCCUCAGGAAACCACUCGCAGCCCAGCAGAAUGGUGUGGCACAGAGCCUGGCAGACAGGAGAGCCAGACCAAGGCGGCGGAAGGUCACGAGACCGCCAACAAAGCUGUCACUAAGAAGCAAGAAGCUGCAGGUGCAGCCAUUGCCAUCAACUUCAACAAGAGACGGGGAUUCUUCACGAAGCAAGUCUGCUAUGACGAGCCUCAGCUCUGCUUGUUCCACAUCAUCUUGUGAAAUACCUAGGCAUCUGCUCAAAGACGAUGAGUCCUUCUCGUUAAGCCUUGGCAGUCCUGUAAACCCUACUAGCUCAACACCAAAAAAUGAUGUGAAAUGUGGUAACAGGGUUGACGAAGACAGCAUUGGGCUGUCCGUCUUGAGUGACAUGAACAGCAUUGAUUUGAGCAGCCUUCGCUUUCCGAAGGCUGGCAGCUCCAUUUCGUAUGGAGCCAAUAAAAAGCCUGGGUAUGAACAAACCUACACUGCUGAUGGUUCAGUGCCCUCAUUUCUCGUCCCAGAAGAGAACAGCAAAUGGGUUACCAUCCGGAAAAAGAGAAACAGGGCGAAUCGGAGAUGUGAUGACAAAGAAAAUAAGAAAAAAGCCAGGCCGAGCUUUGAAAGUGGAGAAGCUUCGAAUUCACCUGUUAGAGAGAAAUGGUCACCUGUCAUGGUUAGCACGCCGGUGUCCGACGCCCAAGUCAACAAAGUGGAAACAAGAAAGGCGUGGCUUCUCAGCAGUGCAAUGGAGACUCCGCAUGUUGCACCAGCCACCAGCUGUAAAAACUCUGUCUUAGCAAAAGACUCGGCCACCUUGAAGAAACAAGGACAGCGACCUGGGAAACAUAAAGGAAAUGGUGGUCUGAGGCGAAAGCUCUCCAGUGCAGUGCUGUUUCAAGUUCCUUCACCUGAAAACCACAGUGGCUUGUCAAGGAAAAGUUUUUCAGAAGGUAAUGUGACAGCCACAAGCCAAUCGUUAGACAGCAGCAAACAGAUGAAUACUCUGACCAAUAGCUGUAGGUCUGAAUCGGCAGGCAGCAUCACACCUCUGCAAUGUGAUAACAGUUCUGCUGAGCUUUUUGUAUCUCAGCAGACAAACGUUCAGGUGAAAGAUCUCUCUGUUGAUGUUGCAGACCUUCAACGAGGAGAUUUAAGCAAGCCAGACGCAACUUUCAGUGUGCAUUCUCCAAGGCUUGACACCUCAGGCUUGCAAGGAAGUGCACACAUGUACAAUACUGAGGAAAGCGAGAGUCACAUACUCAUUGAGCCAGAGGCUUCACAUCAAUUACUAAGAAAUUAUUCAAAGCUGUUCACAAAAGAACUGCGUGUAGAGCUCGUUGACAUGAAAAAAUUGGAUGCUGAGGAGGAGCGAUUGCAGCAUUCGUCUUUUUUGGUUGCUCAAAGUUGUAUUGAACAGACAUUUUUGUCGGAGAGAGGCACCUUGCAGGAUGCAUUCAAGCUCAAGGAGCCGCGUGUUGUUCUCACAGACCUAAAACAUCAAGAAGCAAAGUUGAACAAAAAUGCACAGCAUUACUCACCACGCAUGUCUUCAUUUGUCGAUAAAGACGAUGCUAAGCAGUCAGUCUCAUUCAGGGAGGCUACCAAGUGGGAAGAUUUCCCAAUGAAAAGAGUGCACAUUGUUCUAGAAGAUGUGAGAUGCAAAAUACAAAACAAGAACGAAGCCCAUCCGAACAAUGGUGAAAUGCCUGGCAUAUCCUCAACUGUCGAGCCACAGUCCACAAAUAGUUCUAAUGACAUCGUGCAGUUGUGCUCCCUGAAGAACCAUGCUGUGUGGGAAAAGUUACACCUAAAAGGCGUGCAUGUCGUACUGACAGAUCUGAAGGACCAAAGUGCAACAACAAAGCACAAAAAUGAAGCCCAUGUGAACAAUACCUACUCGUGCAAAGAGCCACUUACGCAUGAGCCUCUUUGUGUGUCUUUUGGUCAUGAAAAAAGGUUGUACAAACGUCAAAGCCCAUCAAGCUCCUCUGAACUACAGUGCAGUCCUUUGUUGGAUGUAGGCACUAUGUGUCGAAGCAGCAACGCACCACUCCAGCAUUGUCCCCGAGAGUCUUCAGAGGCUAAGCAGGCAAAUGUUCCGGUUGCAAAGUUGGGUCAAGCAAUCAAUUCAGUUUCGUGCCAAAUGGAACAAAAGCUUCUACAAACUAAUCACAGGGAAAGUACCAUUCAUGCCAGUAUAAGGAAAGGCUCAGAAGGACAUGACAAAGGCGUUGAGAUUGAACCAUUGUCAGUCUUAAGUAUUGCUCUUACCUGCAGGACCGAGAACACCGCAAGCUGUACUACUGAUGGUGUGGAAACACAAAUAAUGCCUAGCCCAUAUAACUCUUCCAAGUACGAAAGCGACUCUGAGAAAGUGCUAAAACCAUACUCACUGAAGCUAAAGGAAGCCAAAGUUGUUCUUAAAAGAUGCAACACUCAAUGUCAACCCAUGCAACCUCCUCCGGCUCCUCCUGCUUCGAAGAAGAAAAGUGCUAAGUCCAAGAAUUGCCCAAAUACUGGACGUUCAGACUGUGUACAAGAACGGCGCAUCACUGGCCUGAGCUGCAACUCAUCACAAAACCAGAGUAAAAAGGAGAAGUGGGCAGCCUGCAUGAGGCGACAGGCAAGACUCACCAUGGCUCGCAAGAGUGAAAUACCUCCAAGAGUGCCUCUAGAUGCCAAUGAAAUGCUGCUGCAAAUGUGCAACCAAGAUAAACCCUUGACCUUCAAGCAAGCUCUUGGUAUGAGAGCUUUCAAGGGGUGUGUGAAAAUUGGCGAGGGCACAUAUGGAGAAGUCUUCCGAAUUGGACAUGGAUCGGAAUCAUCUGCCAUCAAGAUUGUACCAAUUGAGGGUUCUUUCCCUGUGAACGGAGAAAAUCAGAAAACUGCUGCGCAGAUUCUUCCAGAGGCCAUCAUCUGCCAAGAGUUGAGUGCCCUUUCCCGGACGGAUCAAGCUGCUAGCUGUCCGAAUUUUAUUGAAGUGAAGAGGUUGUACUACAUCCAAGGCAGGUAUCCCCCGGCCCUCCUGAAGCAAUGGGAUGUGUAUGAUUCCGAAAGGAGAAGCGAGAACGAUAGGCCAGACUGCUUCAAGGCAGACCAGAAGUAUCUCAUGUUUCAGUUUUCUGAUGGCGGAAUGUCCUUGGAAGAUUAUGAGAUAAACUCUGCCACCGAAGCCAAGAGCAUUUUCCUCCAAGUUGCCUGUGCUUUGGCUGUCGCUGAGACUGCUCUAGAGUUCGAGCACCGCGACCUCCAUUGGGGAAAUAUUUUGGUGGCACCUGCACAGAAGCGUCACAUUCACUGCCACCUGCCUGAAGGCCACUUCUCUCUGAACACAAACGGUGUUUUUGCCUCUGUGAUUGACUACACGUUGUCCAGGUUAUGCAAAGGCGGAGCGGUCGUCUUUACCGAUGUGUGCCAGGAGGACGAGCUUUUCCGUGGUGUUGGCGAUUACCAGUUUGACAUCUACAGGCGCAUGAAGAAGCACAAUAAGAAUGACUGGAAAAGCUUCACGCCAUACACGAAUGCACUCUGGCUCCACUACCUGUCCUGCAAGCUCCUCGAAAAGGGCUGCUCCUUGGCUAGGAGUCGGCAACAAAGUUCGGCCAUUGCCGAACUCAGAGAGUGGAGUGAUACACUCAUCCUUCAAUGCCAAUCAUCCAAGGACGUUUUCCUCAAGUGCAUCGGCACGCAGUCUACUCAAAAGAGGGCAGGUGCUUGCCCCUGCCACAGAUGAGCGUUCCAUAGACCGUCACAUCUCGUCACAUGCGUUGUAUUUAGCAGUUCACAGAUUCACCACAUGACAUGGUAACGCUUCUUCACAACAUUGCGGUCGUACUGUUCUUUUAAGAAUAGUUCUACUACGUUUGAGAAACUAUUACAGCUUCAUGAAAGUCUCAAACCUUUUUAUUUUAUUAUAAUCUCAUUUUUCAUGCAUCACAUGUAAGUACUCAUGCCACCCCAUCUUAAUCCUCAUUCUUGUCCAAGUGUGCCUGCAUUUUAUCGGUUUUAGAAAUAAA